UGCACAUUCAAUUCGUGCUAUCAUAACGAAAUAAUCGUUUCGAACUAAAAGCGAUCGCACCGCGUCGCAGAGUGGACGAAUUGCGAAAUAAGUUAACAUGUCGGGCCUAGUGGAAAAAAUUAAAGAUGGAUACCAUUUUAUGUUGCACGAAUUACCCAGUCCCGUAACCAAGGACUGGUUCCUAGUCGGCCGACCAUACCAGAUCAUCAGCAUAUUAGUUGUAUAUUUAAUCUUCUCAACACGACUGGGCCCUUGGUACAUGAGAAAUAAGAAAUCCUACGACUUGAAAACAGUGAUCAAAUAUUAUAAUUUAUUUCAAAUUUUGGCCUGUUUAUACCUUUUCUAUCAGGGCAUGGAUUAUCUUUUAGCGAAAGAAUUUUCAAUACUCUGUCAAGCUGUCGACGAUCCGAAAUCACAAAGGGCGUAUAAUAUAGCGUCUGCGGCGUGGUACUACUUCAUCAUCAAGGUGAUAGACCUCCUCGACACCGUGUUCUUCGUGUUGAGGAAGUCGGACAGACAGAUCACAUCGCUGCACCUGCACCACCACACACUCAUGCCCAUUGCAAGCUGGAUAGGAAUGACUUACUUCCCAGGUGGGCAAGCAGCUCUGAUGGCCACGCUGAACUCCCUGGUGCACGCCGUCAUGUACACGUACUACUACCUGGCGGGACUCGGAGACAACUACAAGAAGUAUUUGUGGUGGAAAAGACACGUUACAGAAAUGCAAUUGAUACAAUUUGUAAUUGUGGGAUUGCACGCACUAAACAGCUUGUUCUACGAAUGCGGUUACCCGACGUGGAUAAAAAUUGGAAUGAUCAUGUACGCCGGCAUAUUCAUAAACAUGUUCGGCCAAUUCUACUACAAUUGCUACAUAGUAAAAAAGCACCAAAAGACUGAAAAAGUUACGAAUGGAACAGAAAAAAUAAGUAAAGAAAAUCACGAAAACGGAGGAGAAGCAAAUGGGAAAAGCAAUGGAUUCAAAAAUGAGAAGGCAUCCAAUGGUGAAACUGUGACUAGUGUUUAUAAGAAUGGAAAGGACGCGCAAGCCAAAAUCAGCAAUGGACUUAGUAGUCAUUUGAAAACACAUUAAUGUAGUUGUUUAUACUUAAGUCUGAUGUAUAAGGUAAUGAAUGAACCCGAAUUUGUCCGGGUAGCGGAAAUUAGUUAAUUAUUAGAAUUACAAUUAUCUGAAACUUUUAACACCCGGCUAAGUCUCACAGUUUGGUAGUAUAAAGUCAAUACAGUUUGAAGGACUUUGACAUCUCAUUUAUUUACGAGUAUCAAGUCCUUACAAAAUAUAAUACUAUUAUAAAAUUCAAUCCUCCUGCUGCGGGAUAUUUGAGUGCCCAAGCAACCGGUGGUCAGGGCUCCAUAGUUAGGACCUUCCUCACAAUACGUGCCGUCUCAAGAAUCACUGCCUUCUGUAUCCGCCCUUUGAUCCAGCAGUCAGCUUAUGAGACAUUAUUAUUGUUUUAUGAGGUAUCAUCAUAGUAAUCUUAGUUGUGGACUUAGGAACUAUUUUUUUCCCGUAUCCUACUAAUAUUAUAAACGCGAAAGUUUGAAUGGAUGUAUGUUUGUUUGGAUGUUUUGUUAAUCUUUAACGCCGCUACUACUGAAGCGAUUUGGCGGAAAUUUGAAGUAGAGAUAGAUUAUAGCCUGGAUUAACACAUAGGCUAUUAUAUUUAUAUUAACACAUUUCUAGAAAAUUGCGGACGAAGUCGCGGGCGUUCGCUAUUUUUUAAUAAAUGGGAGUUUUAUUGGUUUAUUCACAAGCCGAAUUAUAAUCUCUACAGAGGACUUAAAAGAUUUAGUUGCAGGUAUAUUAGUGCCAGGAUUUUAUUGUGAUUUAGUGACCCUGAUUUUUGAUUUCAUGGAAAAUAGUGAGAUGUACAAUGAAAAUCGUUUACGCCCAAUAUUGCCGUAAAUAUUUUUGUAACGUUGAUCUGCUUGAGUCUGCCAAUCCACGUUGGGCCAGCAUGGUGGAUUAGCCUAACCCCUCUCAUUCUGAGUGGAUACUUGUGCUCAACAGUGAGCCGAAUAUGGAUUGUAAUGAUGAGGUCACUUUAUUUUGAUGUAGUUUUAAUCAAUGUUUGUAUAUGUGUUACAUAACUAUAAAAUGGUCUAUAUUGAAGCAUUGUGAAGAGUCUAGACUCUAAAUAAGGAGUGAGUCUCGCCCUUGUAAUGCGCGGCUAAACCAGACUGUUAAUUAUGAUGAUGAAAUAUUUUGUUAAAUAAAACAUUUAAACUUACUUUUAGCUUCAAUGUUUGAGCUUUUAAUCUCUGCACGAUUUAAUGACGAACAUAACGUGUGGGAAUUGUUAAAGGGAACGAAAAUAUUCGAAUUUUCGUUAUGUGGUCCCUCAGAUUGCUUAUGACGGCUAAUAUCCCCAUUCUGUUUCGAUGUGAAAUUGCAACCAAGCAACUUUUAUUGAAUAAUAGGCUAGUUGACACUUUUUUUUAAAUGGUCUUAAAUUGAUAUAUAACUUUCUACUAGAUUGAAAAAUAUUUUUUACAUAUUUUAUUUGAGACGUGAUUACGUGAUUUUAGUAUGUACUUGACAAUACGAUCCAAAACGCCAACCAUGACAGUCUAUAUUUCAACUGUUACACGACGACACUAUAAUCAAUCCCUUACAAUCGGAGCGUUUGACAAAAAUAUUAGUUAACAAUUAGUUUCACAUUUAGUACAUCAAGUGUAUCAGUGACGUCACAAAAUGGACAACAGUUUGAUGUUUGGAAAAUUUGAAAAAAUACGUGAUAUUUAAAUUAGGUUUUU